AAGUCAUGAAGUUACGGGAAAAAUUCUCCUACCCACUUUUCUUUGCGUAAACUAAUGUAUUUUCGGGUAUUGGAGAUGAAAUUAUCAUAAAUCACAGUAUCAAGUCUUUCUUUUUGGCACCAUAAAACACCAUCGUCACGGACGAAUGGCUGGUAUUUAAAAAUCAAAUCGGCCAUAAACAAUAAAAUGGCGUCCGGUUUUUUGUGUGUGCAAUGAAGUAAUUGUUUUCAUGAAAUAAGAAGAUUUAGUGUGCUUUUUACGAACUGUAAUGUUUUUUCGGUGAUCUUGCAGCACAAUGAACCUCAAUAACCCGUUUAGCGUGUAUAAAGACGUGCUUUUUAUUGGCAAUGAAGUGCGUGUCGUAUGUGGCUAGGUAGCGUCGUCGUCGUGCGCCGCCUUUAAUAUUGAGUUGAUUAGGGUAAAUCAAGCGGAUUCUUCGAUUAAGAAUGGUUUCCAAAGGCGGGGCGGUAUAAUUAGGGCUAUAGGAGGACUAUUAGUGCGUGUGUUAGUCGGCGUUACGCUAGUGUGAUUGAUGGGUAAGGUGCGCUAGUAGUUGUGAAAGCGAGCGUACAUACAUGUUCGCGAUGUUAAAACUGUCAUGAGGACUCGUGUUUACUAUCAAAUAGUGGAUUUGUGUUGGUCUGUUUGUUUUUAUUUUAAUGUUGUGAUAAAUAGUUGUUAAAAAUGUGUAUGCCUACGCCAAGCAAUGUGUCAGGCUUCGGAUAUCAGUGGGGCUUCACGAGCUCCGGGGAUCUAACGAAGGGCGAGGUUGAGACCCCUAGCAGCCUCAGCUACACCCUGGGGAAUACGGUGUCCCCAGAAACAACCCUAACGGUGAUGUCUCACAAGACACCGCAAGUCCAAGAGAAGGUUGGAACAGUCUCCGUAGCCGUCAGCAAUACCGGCACGCAAGUAACCAGGGUCGUCACUGCUGGGACUCCGGUAACGGCAAGGAGGGCUAUGUUUGUCCUGAAUGAGACUCCGCACACAAUCAACAGAGUUUCACAGAAUCAGACAGCAACUAUACAGACCCCUAUAUUUACAGCCACUAACCUCGCAGCAAAGCCCUUCAUGACCCCCAUAGGGCCAAUCCAGCUCACUGCCGAAGAAUGCAACGAGAUCCUCAUGAAGCGGGCCCUGCAAGCCCAGGGCAUUGCCACACCAGCGGUCAUAGACGCAUCUCAGAUCAAUCAUACUAUACUCAAUGGUGGGCUGAAGAGUUUAGCGGAGGCAACGUCGCAGCAAGCACAGGUGGAGACGAUACAGACGACGACAGCUCAUCAGCAUCAUCAGUUGAUGCAUACAAAACAGGAGCCUGGGACGGCUAAUAAUUCGCCUAAAAGCUACGAGUUGGUCAGCUUCGAAGAUGGGGAAACCUCCGCUACAGUUAUUCAACACACACAACUGCAAAAUGCGGUAUACUCGCAGACGGAGCUGAUGUCCACGACGACCAUGUCCGCGGCGCCCCCGGCCGCCAUCAAGGAGCGCCCGUACGCCUGCGACGAGUGCGGGAAGUCCUUCCUGUUGAAACACCAUCUUACUACGCAUGCGAGAGUUCAUACCGGCGAGCGACCGCACGUAUGCACACACUGCGGCAAAACCUUCGCGCACAAACACUGUCUCAACACCCACCUCCUACUCCACACGACCGACCGCCCGUACAAGUGCCGCGAAUGCAGGAAAACCUUCACGCUCAAACACCACCUAUUAUCGCAUAUGCGGGUGCACAGUCGAGACCGUCCGUUCGUGUGCGGCGAGUGCGGCCGCGGGUUCCCGCUGAAGCGCCACCUCGUCACGCACAGCAAGUACCACGCUGGCGAGCGGCCCUACGUCUGCAGCGACUGCGGCGAGAGCUUCGCGCAGAAGGUCACACAUUCAUUCAUUCAUUCAUUCAUUCAUUCAUUCACACAUUCAUUCCCGCUGAAGCGCCACCUCGUCACGCACAGCAAGUACCACGCAGGCGAGCGGCCCUAUGUCUGCAGCGACUGCGGCGAGAGCUUCGCGCAGAAGGUCACACAUUCAUUCAUUCAUUCAUUCACACAUUCAAUCCCGCUGAAGCGCCACCUCGUCACGCACAGCAAGUACCACGCAGGCGAGCGGCCCUACGUCUGCAGCGACUGCGGCGAGAGCUUCGCGCAGAAGGUCACACAUUCAUUCAUUCAUUCAUUCACACAUUCGUUCCCGCUGAAGCGCCACCUCGUCACGCACAGCAAGUACCACGCCGGCGAGCGGCCCUACGUCUGCAGCGACUGCGGCGAGAGCUUCGCGCAGAAGGUCACACAUUCAUUCAUUUAUUCAUUCACACAUUCAUUCCCGCUGAAGCGCCACCUCGUCACGCACAGCAAAAGGUCACACAUUCAUUCAUUCAUUCAUUCACACAUUCAUUCCCGCUGA